UCCGAUCUCCAUGGAAGCCACCGCCGCCUGCUCCUCGGCCUCCCUCGCGCGGACCCUCGCCUCCUCGCCGCUUCCCCACCACUGCCGCAGCCGCGUGCGCGUGCGGGAGUGGCAGGGGAGGGGGAGGGCGGUGGUGGCCGCGGCGGCCUCCACGGGCAACUACGUGGUGCCGCUAGACGUCGUGCCGUCGGGGAUCACGCGCCCGCUCGUCGAGAUCCUCCGCGAUCUCAACAAGUGCGUCCCGGAGACCAUCGUCCUCCCCGCCUCCCGCCGCGCCUCCGCUUCCGACCCCGUCAUCCCAUGGUACCACGCCAACUGGAUGCUCAGCUUCUACGCCCCCGGCUGGUGCGGAGAGGUCCGUGAUGUUAUUUACAAUGACAAUGGAAAUGUGACCGUGGUGUAUCGUGUCACGAUACGAGGAAUAGAUGGAGAGGUAACUGACUAACUACUAUCUCUUGUUUGUGAUGACGGUCAACAUAUUGCAAAGACUAACAUCAUACAGUAUGAAUUAGUUUAAUGGAUCAAUCAUGAACUGCCUAUUUAUAAAUCUCUUUUAGUUUAGGAUUUAACCUUACAAGGUAUACAUGGAUUGGAAGGGUUAUUAAGA